CAGCAUUUGCCUCUGCGACCAGCAGUCUGUCAGACAAUCUUCACCUGAUCCCUUCUGCUUGCCCCAGGCUGGGCACCUAAGCAACAGUCUGUUUAGAAAGGCCUUGCUCUCCAGCGUGAUUGCGCCGGUGCUGCUCUGUGGUUUCCUCUACUUGGCGUGGGCCGCUGCUGCAGUUCCACAGGAGAACAGAGGGAUGGCUGGGAGCCGAGCCAGGAGCCAGGAAGGCCGUCGGGAGCGCACCUUCAUCCCGGAGCCUUUUGAUGGAGCCAGUGUAGCCCCCCACCUCUGGUUGCACCGCUUUGAGGUCAUCAGUGACCUCAACCAUUGGGACCAAGUCACCCAGCUAAGGUUCCUAAAAGAGUCCCUCAGGGGAGAUGCCCUGAAGGUCUACGAUGGACUCAGUUCCAAGGACCGGGGGGACUAUAGUGUGGUGAAAGAGAUCCUGCUGAAGACAUUCGGGGGGCCCAGACCCGCCCACAGCCACCUGCCCAAGGAGAUCUUCUUUGCCAACAGCAUGGGUAAGGGCUACUACCUCAAGGGAAAAAUUGGCAAAGUGUCUGUGAGAUUCCUGGUGGACUCUGGGGCCCAGGUGUCCGUGGUCCACCCUAGUCUGUGGGAAGAGGUCACUGAUGGUGACUUGGACACCCUUCGGCCCUUUGAGAAUGUGGUAAAAGUGGCCAAUGGUGCAGAAAUGAAGAUCCUGGGCAUCUGGGAUACUGCAGUGUCACUGGGCAAAAUGAAGCUCAAGGCACAUUUUCUAGUGGCCAACGCCAGCGCUGAGGAAGCCAUCAUUGGCACUGAUGUGCUCCAGGACCACAAUGCCGUCCUGGACUUUGAGCAUCGCACGUGCACCCUGAAAGGGAAGAAGUUUCGCCUUCUGCCUGUUGGAGGGUCCCUGGAAGAUGAGUUUGACCUGGAGCUCAUAGAGGAAGAACCCUCAGAGGAGGGGCAGCAGGAGCUGUCCUGUUAAAAAGCCUCCAUUUCCUUGCCCCCCAACACCGGUGGAAGACCCACCAUGGUGGAGGGGAAGGGCAGGUCCUAGGGGGUCAUAGUGCUUGGCCAACCCAAACCAACUCUUUUCUUCCUCCACUCCUCCUCCUCCUCCUCUUCCUCAUCUUCCUUCCUCUGCAGGGACCUUAGUCUGCCCCUGUGGGGGAGGCUUCAUUCGAAAAGGCACAGGUGAGGGAGAACAGGCUGGCUGUCUCAGAGGGAGAGAGGGUCCUUAUGCUCGCCAGGCUGCUAUUGGUGACAGAGACUCAAAGGCUGGAUGAAGGGUCCAUGAAGGCUAGAAAUGAUCGCCUUUGAGAGAGGACUAAGGGGUGUUUCAGAUCCCCUGAGAUGUGGCGAAUCACCUUCGUAUCUGUGAAGCCUGAACCGGCUGGGCUGGCUGCUGGCUGCAGGGUCCUCAUAGGUCUUGCCAGUGAGUGUCACAGCUGCUCGGAAAUUCUUCCCUGUUGGGUCUUCCCACUUGUGCAAUGUAUAUUUCCUUCUGUCAUUUGCUUUGAAACCCAUGGAGCCUUGUGUCAAUAAUUCAUUACUUCCAAAGCCAAUAAAGAUUGACUCAUGGAAAACCACGUAAUGUGUUGAUUGGGGAUGAAUGGGAUGGAUGUGAGAGGGUGAGAAAAACAAGGUGUAAAUGUCAAAGAGAAGGAAGA